AUGGGGCCCGGAGCAGCAGCAGCAACAGAAGGAGCAGCAGUGGUGGCAGCAGCAGUAGAAGGCUGCUGCCGUUGCCUUUACUUGCUGCUGCUGCUGUCCGAUGGCUGCGUGCUGCUGCUGCAUGCAGCCACUGGGGCUUUGGUGCUGCAGCAGCGCUGCAGCAGAGGGCCGCUGCAGCUGCAGGCAGGAGCCGCAACCCCACUGCUGCUGCUGCCAGCCAGCGAUCCCCAAGCUGCCUUGAGCAGCAGCAGCAGCAGCAGCAGCAGCAGCAGCAGCAGCAGCACGUGCUGCACUUGCUGCGGCACAAGACUGCAGCAGCAGCAGCUGCUGCUGCUGGCAGGAGGGACCGCCUUCUCCGAAGUGUUUCUGUGGCUGCUGCGAAUAGACGCGAGCCAGCUGCUGCAGCCCCCUCCGCGCGCCACCGCUGCUGCUGCUGCUGCUGCUGCUGCUGCUGCUGCUGCUGCUGCUGCUGAGCUAGUACUUAUCCAGAGACUGCAGGGCCACCGGGGGGGCCUCUUCUCUCUCUCUUUUGCUGCUGGGGGGGCCCUUUUGGCUUCGGCCUCGGACGACAGGGAGAUCCGCCUUUGGCUGCGCAGGCCCGCAGCAGCAGCAGCAGCAGCAGCAGCAGCAGCAGCAGCAGCAGCAGCAACGGAGGUUGCUGCUGCGAGCCGGCCGACGGACCCCGCAGCAGCAGCUGCCGCAGCGCUGGUGGCAGCUCUGGGUGCUGUUGAGGCCAAGCAGAUUCAGAAAUGCUUAGCUGCUGGGGGCCCCCCUGAAGAGGGUACCGGGGGCCCCCCGGGGGGCCCCGCUGAAGAGGGUACCGGGGGCCCCCCGGGGGGCCCCCCAGUCGAGUUUUGCUACAAAUGUGUCUCCGUGCUGACGGGCCACAAGUCUCGCAUAUGGAAUGUCUCCUUUUUGUCUCUGCUGCCAGCAGCAGAGCAGCAGCAGCUGCAGCAGCUGACUUUCGACUGCCUGCAGCAGCAGCAGCAGCAGCAGCGGCAGCAGCGGCAGCAGCAGGUGGCGGAGGAGCGCAGCAGCAGCAGCCGGCGCUGCUGCUGUGGGGGGGACAGCGGGGACGGAGGAGCAGCAGCUUGCUGCUGCUCGGAGCUGCUGCUGCUGCUUGCUGCUGGCAGCAGUUUGCUGCUGCUGUCAGCUGGCGAAGACUCCACAGUGAGGGUGUGGGCCCCUGGGGGCCCCUGUCUGUACACCCUGGGGGCCCACAAGGGCGGGGGCGUGAGGGCCCUAGCCACAGGCUGCAGCAGCAGCAGCAGCAGCAGCAGCAGCAGCAGCAGCAGCGGGGGGGGCCUGAAAGGAGACACUGUCUCCUUUUUUGUCUCUGGGGGAGAAGAUGGCUGCUGCAAGCGGUGGCUCCUCAGGGGCUUGCCGUCUCUGUGGGGGCCGCUGCUGCAGCACAUGAGCAGCAGCAAAGCGCAGCUGCAGCUGCUGCUGCAGCGCCACUUGCAGCAGCAGCAGCAGCAGCGGCAGCAGCGGCAGCAGGGGCCCCCAGAAGAGCAGCAGCAGCUGCUGCUGUCACUGCAAGAGGAGCAAAAGGCGGCUGCAGCCCCCGUGGGGUCGUCUGCAGCAGCUGCAACGUCAGCAGCAGCAACAGCAGCAACAGCAGGAUCAGCAGCAGCAACACCUGCUGCUGCUGAAGGAGACACAGCAGCAGCAGCAGCAGCAGAGCUACCAGCAGCCACAGCGCCAGCCGUGGAGUCUCUUUCUGACCCGCCGCAGAAGACCCAGAGAACGCAGCAGCAGCGGCAGCAGAAGAGACCCAUGAAGCAGCAGCAGCAGCAGCAGCAGCAGCAGCAGCAGCAGCAGCAUCGCGAUCAGCCGCAGCAAAAGGAGACCCGAGGGGCCCAGGGCCUUAUGAGUACUGCAGGUCUUAACAGUUGGACUUGGAGCUGUCGGGUCGCAGCAACAGCAGCUGCUGCUGCUGCACCCGCUGCUGCUGCGCCUGAAGAAGGCUCACAAACAGCAGCAGCAACAGCAGCAGCAGCAGCAGCAGCACCUGCUGCUGCUGCUGCUGCUGCUGCUGCAGGCACACCCCGUGAAACAGCGGGACAACGCAGAAGCCCAAGACCAGAAGAGACAGCCACCGUCGCCGAUCCCCGCAACGAAACCUCAGCAGCAGCAGCAGCAGCAGCAGCAGCAGCAGAACACGCAGCAAUAACAGCAGCAGCAGCAGCCGCAAGGAUCUGCGAGGGAACUUGCGGCUGGCUCGGCGGCAGCAGCAAGGACUUCGUUCGGGAGGUGUUCUUUUGCUGCAGCAAGGAGACAGAAGGAGACAGUUUGAUUGUCUCCACGAACUACGGCCACGUCUACCUAGUCACGCGCCUCGCAGCAGCAGCAGCAGCAGCAGAAGCAGCAGCAGCAGCAGCAGCAGCAGAAGCGCGCUUUCGCUGGCUGCUGCUGUGCUGCGUUCCGUCCCCCAUCACGGCCACAGCGGUGGCAGAUUGCUGUCUCUUCCUAGGGGGCGCAGAUGGCAGGGUCAGAAUCUGUCUCCUGCAGCAGCAGCAGCAGCAGCAGCAGCAGCAGCAGCAGCAGCGGCACCUAGCAGCGGUGACUGCUGCUAGGGCCUUUGAGGGCGCCCGCAUCUCCUCGGCCUCCGUCUUCUCGCUGGGGCCGCUUGCAACACCAGUUGAUGCUGCUGCUGCUGCUGCUGCUGCUGUCCCAGGUGUGCUGCUGCCGCUGGCACGCAGCAGCAGCAGCAGCAGCAGCAUCUGGGGAGACAUGAACUGCAGCAGCAUGACUCAGGGGGGCCCCCCAAAUGCUGCAGCGGGGCCCCUUGGAGGCGUCAGUGACCUCAUGGCUGGUUUUGCUGCAGCUGGGGACCACACUGGGACAGUGCAGCUUUACGUCUGGAGACAGCAGCAGCAGCAGCAGCAGCAGCAGCAGCAGCAGCAGCAGCAGCACUCAGUCUCUCUUCCUGGUGCUGCUGCAGCUGCUGGGACUCGUGGGGCUGUUGAUGCUGCUGGCGAGGACGAGGGUAAGUCGCUGCUGCUGCAGCAACUUGCUGCUGUAAAGCUGCCGCGCUAUCGGCAGGAUGCCCGGGCACCGCGCGGCAGCAGCAGCAGCAGCAGCAGCAGCAGCAGCAGCAGCAGCAGCGGUGUGACUAACCGCGUAAUGUGCUCGCUCUGUCUGGUGUCUGUACACCACACGGAGGACCCCACAGCUUCUUUUUUGUCUUCUGUCGUUUUACUUGGCGACGAACACGGCUCGCUUCACGUGCUGCUGCUGCAGGUCCCAGCAGCAGCAGCAGCAGCAGCAGCAGCAGCAACAGCAACGACGACAGCAACAGCAGCAGAAGCAGCAACAGAGGCAGCGCCAGCUCGUGCAUCAGCAGCACCUGGAGCUGCAGCAGAUCAGGUGCAAGGGCACCCGGAGGUGCAGCAGCAGCAGCAAGGCUUGCUGCAGCAGCAGCAGCAACAUGAAGUCCUGCAGCAGCACUGGGACUGGGCUGCUGCCCGCUGCGCAGUGCAGCAGCCUCUGGUGGAGAUACACCCCAGGCGCCGCAUUUGCUGCCUCAGCUGCAGCAAGGCUUUUGUCUUUUGCUGCGGCGGAGACGGCCGCAUCCUCAUCCUGAAAGUGUCUCUUUCCAGCAGCAGCAGCAGCAGCAGCAGCAGCAGCAGCAGCAGCAGCAGCUUGUGGGCACAGCAGCAGUCCGAAUAA